CUGGUGUGUAGUGUGGUGUCUUUGUAUUAUAAGACACUGUCUUUGUAUUUUUACCAUUUCGUUUCUUGCAAUAUAUUUAAAAAUUAUUUAAUGCGACAUGAAAUCGAAAACGAAACGACUGGCGUUAUCGUACAAACGUGUAUACAUGUGCGGCUAAGAAAAAUUUAAAAAGAAACGAAAAAAAGAAGAAGUUGAGUUUGAGUUUACGUUUUAUGAGAUUGAGUAGCAAUUUAGUCUUUAAAUGGACAUAGACGUGGAUGUAAUAAAAAAGUGACUAUUGAUGCUGGCGAAUGUUGAGUAUAGAAUAAAUUUGAGGUAGAAAAACGUGUUAAAUAUGGAAGCGGUCUGGCGAUUUCGGAUAAUGCUUGGUAUGGCCUUUGCAAUCAUUAUUUUCGGUGAUUUUCUUGGAUAUGGGAGCAUAAGAGCGGAAAAACAUAUUAAUCGACAGGCACCGACUGCACUGCGAGAAAAACAACCAGAAAUCCAUUUGGAAGAUGGUGGUGACUACAGCCAAUCAACCAAGUCUAACGAGAAAAGCCCGCAAUCAUUGAAACUAUCUGCGAAUAUGCGAAAUUCCUGUCUACCAAAAAUGCUCUGCGAAAUUGCGGCCAAACCAAGGACGGUCCUAAGCGACAAGGAGAAAACUCUGCUCGAUUUAUUGACUUCGACAACAUUAUCGUCGUCGUGGUAUGCAGCCCCAUCAAAAUGGCAUUAUGCAUCGCAUAUGGGCCAACUAAUGAGAUACACCGGUGAUUCGAUGAGUGGACCGAUCGGAUGCUCACAAUUGUGGCCACAAUGUCCAUUCAGUUCGAAGCGAUUGUUACAAUUAAGUGCGAAGGUCGUAAUGAAAUGAAUGCAUAGGAGGGAGUCCAUACACGCGCCACAACAUUUAGAGAUAUUAUUUAGAUGUUAACAGUGCCUCGGCUCUGUUUGUUAACAAUAGUGAUAUAUACAAUGAAGAAGAUCAAAUCUGGACUGUAAUGUGUUUAUCGCUUGAAAUUUAAGACUGAUUUUGCAUAACAUUUUAAUUCUGUGUUAAUCGAUCAUAUUGACGUUUUGUGAAAAAUAAUGUAAAUUUGAAUGAUUAGCUGGAUAUAUUGUAAAUACAAUUUGUAAUUAUAAGUAAAUGAGUGAACGAAUAUUGUAAAUUAUUCUUUUGAAAUAAAAUCUUAGAUCAAUCUUG